AAACACAAACAAACAUUCCAUCACCAUGUCACUAUUUCUAUGGAUAUCUCUUCCCUUAAUCUUACUAUACCUUCUCCACAAAACCACCAAACCACCAAACCACCAAAAACCCUCCCACCGGGCCCGCCACGCCUCCCGUUGAUCGGAAACCUCCACCAGUUCCUCUUUGCCGGAGACCUACCCACAUAUCUAUGGAAACUCUCCAAGAAACACGGAUCCAUCAUUCACCUAAAGCUCGGCUCCAUCUCUGCCAUCGUCGUCUCUUCACCAAAACUAGCCAAACAAGUGUUAAAAAUCCAAGACUCAUCGUUCUGCAGCCGGCCCACGUUUCUAGGGCAGCAGAAGCUCUCUUACAACAACAUGGACAUGGGCUUCUCUCCCUACGGGGACUACUGGAGGGAGAUGAGGAAGAUGACAUCGAUCCAUCUCCUCAGUGCGGGGAAAAUCCAAUCCUUUCGUCCCAUUCGCGAAGAGGAAGUCUCUCUUAUGAUCGCCAAUAUUGGGAAGAUUUGCGAUGGUGAGAGGGAAGGUGGGGUUGUGGAUUUGAGUGAGAUGGCUCUCUCUUUAGGAAGCAGUUUGAUAUGUAGAAUUGCUUUUGGAAGAGGGCAUGAAGAUGAAGAGUCGAAAAAAGAGAGAAGGUUUGGGGAGAGUUUGAGAGAGGCUCAAGGUGUGUUGGCGUCUCUAUGUGUAUCGGAUUUCUUUCCUUGGUUGAGUUGGGUGGAUAGGUUGAAUGGAUAUAGAGAUUGGAUCGAUGCAACUUACGAGAAGUUGGACGUGUUCUACCAAGAGAUCAUCGACGAUCAUCUUGAUCCAAAGAGGAAGAGCGAGAACGAGAACGAAGAGGAUAUUGUUGAUAUAUUGAUCAAGCUUAAAGAGGAGAAAUCUCUAUCAGUUGAUAUCAACAUCAAAGCUUUGCUAGUGAAUAUAUUCACCGGGGCAACCGAUACAAGCGCGGCGGCCACAGUUUGGGUGAUGACGGCGUUGAUGAAGGCACCUCAAAUCAUGAACAAACUACAACAAGAAAUCCGAAAUCUGGCUGGAAAAAAAGGCCGCGUAGACGAAGACGAUCUCCCUCAACUUCCAUACCUAAAAGCAGUCAUAAACGAGACAUUCCGAUUGUAUCCUCCGAUCCCACUGCUCAUGCGACAAGCAAUGCAAAGAUCCACUCUACAAGGCUAUCAAAUCGAGCCCAAGACAGUGAUUUAUGUCAACGCGUGGGCAGUUGCAAGAGAUCCCGAGUACUGGGAAGAUCCAGACAAGUUUGUGCCCGAGAGGUUCUUGGAUAUCGACACUGAUGUUGCGACAGGACAAGAUUUCGGGUUCCUUCCGUUCGGGGCGGGGAGAAGGAUGUGCCCUGCAUCAUUAAUGGGACUUGUGAAUGUGGAGCUUGCUGUUGCUAAUUUGGUUUAUUGUUUUGAUUGGGAAAUGCCAAAAGGGAUGAAGGUGGAAGAUAUUGAUGUGGAAUCUCUUCCUGGGAUUACAGUGCAUAAGAAGAUACCACUUCUUCUUGUACCUAAAAGAAGUGGCCUUGCUUAAUUAUAUUACUACUAGUAUAUCAUUUUGAUUUGCUA